AUGUCAAAGAUUGAAGAGAUCGACACAUAUGUUAAAGCAUACCUAUAUGAUAUUGGCUAUCAUAGAUGGUCUCGGGUGAGGGCUUUAACAGAUUACAUCCAUGCUAUGAUAGAUGGUGUGAAGUGCUUCAUUGUUUUCCUUCAAAACAAGAGAUGUAGUUGUGGACAAUUCCAGCUUGAUGAACUUCCUUGUGUACAUGCUUUGGCGACUUUGAGGCACAGGAACGAGUCUUAUGAAAACUAUUGUUCUCCUUAUUACACGAGAGAGAGCCUUCUGCAGACUUAUGAAAUACCAAUAGACCUGCUGCCUGACGAAAGCAAAUGGAAUAUGCCACAACAUAUAGCUGAAGAAGUUGUAAAGCCACCUACCGAGAAAAGGCAGCCAGGGAGACCUCAAAAACAAAGAUACAAACCAUAUGAUAAAGUAAAUGCAAAGAAGUACAAGAUUUCAUGUGAAUUAUAG